CAUAACACCGCGAGGAAGGAAAGGAAUAAAAAAAAAAAAAAAAGCGGCUCCUCUCUAGGCUACGCCGCGGUGGCGCACGCUCUCAUCAUGCGCAGUUGACCGUAGUCAUUCUCCGUUGGAAGCCUAGUCCCUCUUCUAUCUUUCUCUCUCUUCCAUGGCGAACCUCAGAAUGGAUUCUCCCACCUCUCGACGCAUUGUUCGCGCCUUCUUGGAUUUCCUCAGUUCUGUUGAACCUGCUCCUGGAGUUGAUAUUGAAAGCCUUGAUGUUGCUAGAGAAUGCCUUGAAGAGGCUUUUAAGCUUGGUUCAUUUCCUGAUGACGAUCAGACUAAACCUGAUUCGUUGAUUGAUAUUUUUAGUUUGCUUGGACAGAGCAAGGUUCACGAGAAUAAAACAGAUCUUCAUGUUGGACCAACAUCAGUGGAUGUUCCUAGUUCAUCUCUGGCUCAAAACGGCCCUGAUGAAAAUCUAUCAAAGGCAUCAAAACCUCUGACUGAGGAUUCAACCAGUAAAACUCAUGGAGUAGCAGCGACAUCCAGAGACGAACUUUGUGGACAAUUCUUCACAGCACUUGAGAAAAUUCAUUACUUUAGGAUAAUGCCUGAUGGUACCGAUGACCCAGUUGGAGUGGAGAAAGCUACUCAGUUAUUCCAUGAUGCUCUAGCUGAAAUGGAAAGAUCCGGAUGCCAGGAUUAUAACACGAAAAAUCUGGCUGAGACAUUAAAAUCACAAGGCAACAGGGCCAUGCAGUUGAAGCUCUAUUUGGACGCAAUUAAGCUUUAUAAUUGUGCUGUUGCACUUUGUGAAAACAAUGCUGUUUACUACUGUAACAGGGCAGCUGCUUACACUCAGGCACACAAAUAUACUGAAGCAGUCAGAGAUUGCCUUAAAUCGAUUGAAAUAGACCCGAAUUAUAGCAAGGCAUACAGUCGUCUGGGAACAGCUUAUUUUGCACAAGGAAAUUAUGCUGAUGCUAUUAAUAAAGGAUUUAAGAAAGCCUUGCAAUUGGAUCCAAGUAAUGAAGUUGUCAAGGAAAAUAUUCGGAUGGCUGAGCAAAAAAUGAAAGAGGAUCAACAACGAGCCGAACGUGAUCAGAGUGCAAGUUCAUCUGGUCAAAGCAAUUCGGAUGACCAUAACCAUUCUGCAGGUGGGUCAAGAAGCCAUGCUGCUGCGCCUCCAUUUGGGUCUAUGCCGUUUAAUACGACUGGUCUUCCUGCCAACUUUGCGAAUAUGUUUAUGAACAUGGCUACAAACGCAUACCAAGGAGGACAGCAUUCUCAAAACCCGCCAAGAGAUGACAGCAACACCGACGGAUUAGACGAACCCGAGAUACAAAUUGGUGGGAACAUCAAUUUGAAUUUUGGCGAACAAAUGCCCGAGGAGCUAACUGGGGCUUUGAGAUCUGUAAUGGAGAUGUUCUCUGGUGCAGCACCUGCUGCAAAUUCACAUUCACAUGAUACUAAUAGUGGAAGGUCAGCACCGCCAAGCUAAAAUUUGGAGUGUGUUAUAACUGUAUGAUAUGAACUUAACUAUUUCAUACAUGUUGUGAAACAAUUAGUGUGGAUGCCACCAUUUCAUAUUCCAUAACUUCUCAUUUAGAUCCCAUUAUCUCCUUCAUAAUUCAUCCCUUAUUGUUGUGUAUUAUCUCUCCAUAAUACCUAUCUUAAUGUAUAUGUAACUCGUGUCCUUUGCCCUUAUCUCUAUUUAUGGCUCUUAGUCUAUAAAUAGAUAUGGUAUAAGCAUGUUUGGAUUAUUCCACACAAGUAGAAAGUUGUCUUGACUCUCAUAUUCUCUUA